AUGUCUCGCCAUCAUCCCGAUCUAGUAAUGUGCCGCAAGCAACCCGGCAUAGCAAUCGGUCGUCUCUGCGAUAAAUGUGACGGCAAAUGCCCCGUUUGCGAUAGCUACGUUCGCCCUACAACACUCGUCCGUAUCUGCGACGAAUGCUCCUUUGGCAAUUACCAGAAUAAGUGCGUGGUAUGCGGCGGAGAGGGCAUCUCUGACGCAUUCUACUGCUUCGAAUGUACCAGACUGGAGAAAGACAGGGAUGGGUGUCCGAAGAUUAUCAACCUGGGCAGCUCAAGGACCGAUCUGUUCUACCAGAAAAAGAACUUUAGGAACCAUUGA